CCGCAGCUGAACCCAAAACCCUUCAGUGAACAGUGAAUCCCGAAAUUUUCUUAUGAAACAGUGGUUAUGCGUGUAUUUACUUGGGAUUUAAUAGUUCUCAUUGCUCGUACUUUAGAUGCAUUGUAGAAAACUAAAGGUUGUACUUGAACUUGAUAUUAUUUUCUAGAGUAUAAUACUAUAGUUAAUGUGAUUAUUUUUUGGAGAAAUGUGAGAUUUUUUUUUUGGUUCGAUUCCUUUAUACCGAGAAGAGAAAAGAGUCAAAGUCUUAAAGUUUUAGAGGGAAUUCUAUUGGAAACCUAUGAACAACGUAACCAUUCCACAAAUUCAAUUAGGGAUGGCAAUCAAGCCCAUGGUUGCGGGUACCCGAACGCCCCUGACCUAGUCAACACAGGGAAUCCCCGCUUUGACCGGAUAUGGGGCGGGUAUAGGUAAAAUCCGCAAAAAGUUUGAUGCGUAUGGGGCGAGUAUGGAUUUAGCCUCCCCCGCCCCAUACCCGCCCCACCAAGAGAAUUUCUUCACAUAUACAAAAAUAUGUGGAUCAAAUUAUAAUCUAUCAAUGGUGAUGAGGAUAACUCGAGGAAAUAAAUAGUACAAAUGCAUUUGAAUGACCACCUUAAUGAAAACCUAAUUCAUUUCCCUCAAUUCUCCUUUCACUCUUUCACUUUCCCCCUUGUCAACAAGAUUAUGUUAGUUAAUUAUUACUUAGUAGAUGUAUCAGAGUGAGAACAUAAUAAGUUGAAAAAUAUUAUACUCUAUAUUAUGUAUUAAAGAAUGUUUUAGGAUCAUACUCUUUGAACCGUAUUAAGAAAAUGACUGUGUUUUAUUGACUGCGUGAUAUAAUAGGUUCGUUUAAAGUUAUAGUUAAAAAUUUUCUUGUAAGUUUUAUGUAUAAUAAUGUGGGACGUAUGGGUACGGAUAUUACCCAUGGGUACCCAAAACCCAUGGGUAUGGAGAUGUGUUUGCAAAAAAUUCCCCGUAUGGAUAUGGGUUUGGUAUUUGAAAAUGGGAUGGUUUAACCAAACCCGCCGCUUGCCAUCCCUAAAUUCAAUCCCUUAAUAUACGGGAUGCCAUUAACAGAGCAUCAUAUCAUAGAAAAAGGUUGAAAUUCAAGGUUAAGAAUAUGAGUGAAAGGUGGGCCAAGUCCAACCCAUAUGGUAUGGAUAGUGGACACCGUCCAUAGUCAAUAGUACUCACAUUCCGACUUGGACUAAGAUUGGAUUUUGGCGGAAGGCAUAGUGCACACGGUAAUAAAAGCAAAAAUUCCUUACGUACGUGUAAAAACCUUUAAACCGAGAGCAUCAACAAUUGUCUCAAUAUCUGUCGCCAAAACCAAAUAAUCCCAAUUGUUGUUAAACCUCCAUCCCAUGACGGCGAUCGACAAACUCGACGGCGAUCUCCUGACAGAAGUUCUCAUUCGAGUUCAGGAACCUAGAUCCAGAUGCCACUGCAAACUCGUCUGCAAGCAAUGGAACUCUCUGCUCUCCGAUCCGGACUUCGUCCGCAGCUUCGAUUCUCACCACCAGAGCGCCGGAGAAUCAUCGGAUGGUGAAUCCCCUCUGAUGCUCAAAGACUCCAUCUUGAGCUUCAUCCCCGUGCCCGACGCUAAGCGUCGACGUGGUUUCAAGAUUUUCGAUUCCUUUAAGGACUUGCUUUUAUGCGGGUUCGGAUGCCCACUGUGCGAUCCGGUACUCGAGAGGUCGUUUCUGAUUUGCAACCCAACCACGAAGCAGUGGAUCUCCCUUCCUGUAGCACCCGAGAAGCCCGAGGGCUCUAGCGAAGCCGUUGCCAGGUUAGUUUGUGAACCCCGCAGUAGCGCCGGUGGAAAUCAUCAUGGCUAUCGGUUUCGGGUGGUGCACAUGUAUCGACAUAUAAACCAUCGAUAUGUGCAUCCUACAGGAUUUGUGGAUUCUAUAAGACUAGACGUAUUUUGUUCCGAAUCCGGAGGAUGGAUUAAGAAGGCUCUUGUUCUCCAAGGUUAUAGAAGAAUGAUCCACAAGAAUGUGUGUUCCUGCAACGGGAGGCUGUUUUGGUGCUGUGAUAAAGUCAAUGGUUUCGACCACCGACCGGAUUUUAUGGUGGUUGCAAUUAAUCCUUUCCGUCUCGAUAUACCUCCCAUUUUGAUUGACACGCCUCCGGCGGCUCUGCUCCCUCGUAACCCGUCGUGGAAUAUUUCGGUUUCACAAGAUGCUUUGCAUGUAAUUGUAUUCGAGAGUUAUCCUCGGCUUGGUGUCGUCUCGAGGAACCUCUCGAGCGUCUGGAGGCUGGAGGAAGGCUACAAGUCUUGGAGUAGCCUACACCAAGGGUGGUUGAACACAUCGAGAUUUAAGGACUUGAAUGCGUAUUUUCUUCAUCAUAUACGCCACGUGCAUCCAGAGAAGUCGAAAUUUGUGUUCUUGGAGUUUGAGUGGUAUCCCGGUCACUCUCAUGUUUGGUAUGUUAUCUUGUCCUUCAAUUUAGUGAGCGGAGUGAUAGACUACUUCUCUAAUGUAGCACAAUAUGAAACUCCAUGGACGGUGUUCAAACCUAAGGUUUCUUGUUGGCCCAUUCCAAUUCCAAGAUAUGAGAAACUACGAACUAGAUAUGAUGGAAGCCACAGGUGGUUGGUUCAAAGCAGCAACAACAAGAAAGCAAGAUAUAUAUAUAUGAUGGAAGCCACAAGUGGUUGGUUCAAAGCAGCAACAACAAGAAAGCAACUGCAUACGAGUGAGUGGUGAGAUGCCAAUUUGUCACAAACAUCAUAGAGUCGUUCGUUUGGCAUUUGGACAUAUUUUAUAUAGUAUAUGAAUUUUUUUGCUCCAUCAUGUUUCACAAUUAUUACAUUUACUUUUUUUGUGUGUGAAAUUUGAAAUCAUUCAUUUGAAUCAUUUAUAGAGAUAAUGCCGAGAUUAAAUAGAGAACCUCAUCCCCAUGGCCCUGCCCUGUUUUUAACUCCGUGUUAGAGAGUUUUCAUCACUUUUUUCUUUCAUUUUUACAGUUAAGAACUAACUAUUCUGCUCUGACAAUAUUGGUGUCAGGGGGAACUGAACUGAUGUUGAUGUUUCAACUUCUGCAUCAGCAUCAGCAUGCUACUGUACUAUGUUGUCUCAUUCCUGGUGGAUGACAAUAAUGAUACGUGCACCACUUAAAGCAUUGCAAAACCCAUUAAGCUGAUAGGAGUUGCUUUUGGAUAGAAUGAUUUGAAUUUGAUAUUUGUGGUUUGGAUUUUUAAAUGUCAAAUAAUUUGUUUGGAUAUUAAUUACAUUUGGUAGAUGGAUUUGUGCCCAAAUUCGUUGGGUAAUUUCCAAAUAUAUGUUUAGUGUGUUAUUUGUCAACUUCAAAUACAUUUCAAUAAUUAGUGAUUUAAAAUUACUCCUAACAAAAGAAACUUGAGUGCUAAAAAUGUCGAGCAAACCUGAAAAUCAUUCUUAUCUAUUCCUUCCUUGCUUAAUGGUUAAAUAAAAUGAGUAUAGGACAAUUUUAGGGUUAACACCUUAGUUUGGCCCGAACUAUACACAUAUUUUCUACUUUGACCCAUGGUAUUGGAAAUUGCUAUUCUGACCUAAACUAUGUAGCAAACUUCCUCAUUUGUCCUGGAGGCGGGUUUGACUGUCAAAUUAGACGGUCAAACCUGUUGACGGUUAGAAAUGAAAGCAGAUGAAGUACUCUGGUUUUACUAAUCCAGUGGUUCACUAUUUUAACCACAAAAAGAUUAAGAAAAAAAUAUUUUAACU